GCCGCCGAUAUGAACGUAAUUUCUGGUUCGCUGCGAAAAACGUGUCUUCCAGUGGGGUUGCUUUCGUCUCUUCGGACAUCGCCGGCGGUAGGAUGUGUUCGGCUUUAUUGUGAUAAACCGUCCAGCGAAACGGGCAAACCUUCGGUCAGUGGCAAAGCGAGCAGCAGCAAUGAGCAGGAAGUUCGAGUCCGUUUCGCACCUAGUCCAACAGGACACAUGCACUUGGGAGGACUACGGACAGCACUGUACAACUAUCUGUACGCAAAGGCACACGGUGGAAAGUUCGUAUUGCGCAUCGAAGACACUGAUCGGGAACGGUUCGUCGAGGGUGCAGCCGAGAAGCUGUACGCCGACCUAAAAUGGGCCGGCGUCGAACCGGACGAAGACCCCUACAAGGGUGGACCGCACGGUCCGUACACACAAAGCCAGCGGUACGACAUUUACAAGCGUGAAGUGAAAAAGCUUAUGGAAGACGGCCGAGCGUACUAUUGCUUCUGUACCGAGCGUCGUUUGGAGCUGCUCCGCAAAGAAGCACUUCGGCUGCGCCAGGUGCCGAAGUACGACAACAAAUGUCGCCAUCUAACGCCGGGUCAGAUUGCGGAACGGUUAGCAAAGAAUGACAAAUUUUGCAUCCGUUUCCGGCUUGACUCAAAGGGGGAUGAAUUUAACGAUUUAAUUUUCGGCAAGAUCGUGUACUUUAUCGCACAGCAGGAAGGUGAUCCGGUAAUCAUUAAAUCUGAUGGCUAUCCGACGUACCACUUUGCGAAUGUGGUCGAUGAUCAUUACAUGAAGAUAACGCACGUUCUGCGGGGUGUUGAAUGGCAAAUAUCGACCCCCAAACAUAUACAGUUGUUCCACGCGUUCGGUUGGCGACCACCACAGUACGCCCAUCUACCACUCAUCAUGAACCCGAACGGUUCGAAGCUAAGCAAGCGGCAAGGGGAUGUGCAGCUGGAACAUUAUCGCAACAACGGUGUCUUCCCCCAGGCCCUACUCAACUACAUAACGCAAAGUGGUGGUGGCUUUGGCAGGGAACUGCUCGAAAUCGAAGCACCACAGCUGACCGAUCUGAUAAGACAGUUUGAUCUGAAGAAAAUUAACGCCAACUCUAGUCGUCUAAAUCCGGAACUGUUGAAGCAUUUUAAUCGGGCGGAAAUACGGUACAAGCUUGAAAAUGAUCCCGAGGCAGCGGAAAGGAUCGUACGCGAGGUGACGGAAAUGGUACGGAAAGAGUUCUCAAAAGAGGUGAAAAAUCUACAGCUCAAUCCAGAACACGUAAGGGAUGUGUUGAGUUGGUCGUUGCCGCGGAUAGAUUCACUGCAAGAUCUCGUCAAAAACAAACUGUCCUUCCUGUGGGUGUUGCCUAAACCAAACAAAGAGAAAAUCGUCGAUUCGGAUGUACUAGCCGUGCUGGCCAAAAACCUGGCCACCGAGGAAGACGUACCGGAGUUUAACAAAUCCGAACUGAGUCGAUUCAUAAAAGCAUUCGCCGAACGGAACCAUCUUGCAUUUGAGAAGCUGAUGAAAGCGUUACGCACGGGACUGAGCGGACUGCAGGAAGGUCCGUCCGUGCCGGAAAUGAUGGAAAUACUUGGCCGGGAGAAAACGGUUGAACGGAUCGAGCUAGCCGCCGGCAGACAGAAAUAAGCCUCAGUUUGGCCCUUUUUUGGGUUUCCA